UCGGGUAAGACCGCCGCUGCCGCUGCCGCCUCAGCACUCGUCGGCCCGCGACCGCCGACGGCUCCGAGCCACAGCGCGCACUUUCUUCACGGAGUGCUCCGAGCUGCACAGCUACCGCUCCUCUGUGACAAAAGGAUUCAGUUUACUUUUCCGGAUACUGCUGCUCUUGUGGACAGCGGCAGCCCACUUACCGGACUUGAAUUCCUUACGUGAUCUGCGAUGUGACGAGUUCUGUAUCACCCCAUAUCCCGACGACAGUAACAUCUCUACGUCCGAAACAGUUCAUUUCGAUAAUUCUUACUCUUCGUCUAGGAACAGAGGGGUUGGCAUACUGUGCUUUCGUUAAUUAUUAUUACUUGGGAGGCGUCUGGUGAACUGUAUGAUGUUGGAUAACAUAUGACGAAAGUAGGCGACAAAAUUUUCCAUUACUAUUAUCGAUAUUAAUAGACGAUUGUAAUGAUGUACCUCCGAUCGUAUUAAGAAGUUAUUUUAAAUUUCUUCGCUGUCUUCUUCAAGCAUGGUAAAUUGCUGCCUACAUGGAAAUAUGGAAUGCGUUUCAAAUACUCGACAUGAAAUUUGAUCACGUUUCUUCGUUCGUUGAAAGCCGAUAAAUAUUAUUUAUUUUAUUGUAAGUAAGUACUCUACACCCAGUUAAACUCCAGUAGUUAAUACUUAAUGUUUCUCCUUAGCUAUUAAUUUCUUAGAUAGUAAUACGGUUCACUUUCUUCAAAAGAGUGAAUAUCUAACGACAAAGGUCAGGACACUCAAUGGUUUCACUGAGCCUCAUACGAACAGCUCUGUGUAAAAACAUUUUUUUUAUAUUGCAGCUUGCGUUACGUUCCUCCAAAAUUUUCAUAAUUGCUUUAUUUUAAAAGGGAAUGCAGUAACUGUCUUAACACGGGUGCGUUUUAACUCGCGUGCAUGUAUUAUUGAGUAAGCAGAAGUCUGGCAAGAGAUGAAUCAUUCCCCGUGUCCUUUCUGAGUGUCUACGCGUUUGUGAAAGGAGUAGUUAGCCAUCCCUCAGUACGAUGCAGCCGCAAGCUCACGUCGGAACGUUUCGAACGCUCGCGGCGCCUCAUCGUCGGGUGCCCGGAGGCUGCUUGUCGUGCGUGGUGGAAGCGGCGAGCAGAGCGCUGCCGCUCACUUUCGCCCUGGCCUUCCUUCUCGCCGCCGUGUGCGCCGCCGGCCACAGCCAGCCACACCCCCUCAGGCACGUCCGCCACAGGAAUAUCAAAAACGUCACAAUCCCUGCGGUGGAGGUGCAGGCUGUGGAGGGCCGCAGCGUGGCGUUGCCAUGCAACGUGACGCCUCCCGGCCACGACAGGGUCUACAUGGUCUUCUGGUUCCGUGACGACGAGGGCAUCCCGCUCUACAGCUUCGACGUUCGCGGGAAGCCGCUGAGCCAGGCGGCGCACUGGUCGGCACCCGAAGUGUUUGGUUCCCGCGCCUACUUCCGCACUGUGUCCGACCCGGCGCAGUUGGUGCUCGAGCCGGUGACUCUGCGCGACGAGGGCGUCUACCGCUGCCGCGUCGACUUCCGCAACGCGCCCACCAGGUCCGCCCGAUACAACCUCACCGUCAUCGUGCUGCCAGAGACGCCGGUGAUCCUGGAUCGGUGGGGGCGGCGGCUGAACAAGACGCUGGGCCCGCUGCUGGAGGGCGACGACAUCACCCUCAACUGCCGUGUCGUCGGGGGCAAGCCGGAGCCGCGCGUGCGCUGGCUGCUGGACGGAGAGGUGCUGGACGCGGACGUCGAGCAGAACGUGGGUGACGUCAUCGAGAACCGCGUGUCGUUCCGAGGCGUGGCGCGCCGCCACCUGGGCGCCGUGUUCGCCUGCCGCGCCGACAACACGCCGCUCACCGAGCCGCGCGAGGCGGCGCUGCAGCUCGACCUGCUGCUGCCGCCGCUGGAAGUGUGGCUGAGCCAGCCGCAGGGCGCGCUGGAGGCGGGCCGCCGCUACCACGUGAGCUGCGAGGCCGCCGGUUCGCGGCCGCCCGCCGUCAUCACCUGGUACAAGGGCCGGCGCCAGCUGCGCAAGAUCAAGGAGGAGACGCGCGAGAACGCGACGCUGAGCGAACUGAGCUUCGUGCCCGGCACCGACGAUGAUGGCCGCAGCGUGACGUGCCGCGCCGAGAACCCUUCCAUCCCGGGCAGCCACCUCGACGCCACCUGGACGCUCUCCGUCGUCUUCGCGCCCAUAGUGACGCUGCGGCUGGGACCGACGCUACGAGCUGACAACAUCAAGGAGGGCGACGAUGUUUACUUCGAGUGCCAUGUCAAGGCCAACCCUCCUUGGAAGAAGCUCACGUGGCUGCACAACGACGAGGUGCUGCCACAGAACGCGUCUCCGCGCGUCAUCCACAGCAACCAGAGCCUGGCACUUCAGCAGGUCACCAGGCACAGCGCCGGACGCUACGUGUGCGUUGCGACCAACGCCCAGGGGGAGACCGCCUCCAAUAGCCUACUGCUGCGCGUAAAGUACGCGCCGCGAUGCCGUCACGAGCGGAUCGUGGUGGUGGGCGCGUCGCGAUCGGAGACGCUGGACAUCUCGUGCCACGUGGACGCCGACCCGCCGGCGCGCGCCUUCCGCUGGAAGUUCAACAACUCGGGGGAGACGAUGGAGGUAUCUCCAGAGCGGUUCUCCAGCGCGGGCGAGGUGUCGGUGCUGCGCUACACGGUGCAGUCCGACCUCGACUACGGCUCGCUCUCCUGCUGGGCCGACAACGAGGUCGGCACGCAAGCGGCGCCCUGCGUCUUCCAGGUCGUCACCGCAGGGAAGCCUUUCCCGGCGCGGAACUGCUCGCUGUGGAACCAGACGUCGUCCUCGGUCGAGGUGGUGUGCCAGCCGGGCUUCGACGGGGGCCUCCCGCAGCACUUCGCGUUGGUGCUGCACUCUGGCGGAGGGAUUCGCUACAACCUGACGGCCGAGACUCCGGCCUUCACACUCACCGAGCUGCAGCCAGACAUCAGCUACUGGGUCGCCAUCUUUGCCGUCAACGCCAAAGGCCGCAGUCCUCCGGUGUUAAUCGAAGAAAUCACGCUCCGCGAUGCCGAGAGGCACGUGGCGGCCGCAGACGCGCUGUCGCUGGCGCCGCUGCUGGGGCUGUCGGGGGCGGUGCUGGUGCUGCUGGCGGCGGUGCUGCUGCUGGUGGUGCGGCGCGGGCUGGCCAGGCGCGUCUCCAGCGACAAGCCGGCGCUGGCGGGGGCGGCGUCGGCGUCGGCGGGGGCG